AAACUGGACAAAUGUAACAUCUCGCGAGAGAUGAAAUCCACACGGUGACGGUAGUAAGAUGGCGGCGUCCAUUGAAAGGCUGCUGUCAGAGAUUGCUUGUCUCUCGGAGCCGAUUGAAGCCUUGAGGAAUUUAAAAACAGCAGUAUUGUCCACUCCGUUGACAGUUCUGAAUGAGACCGUGCCAGGAUUGAGGCUCGAACCUUUGUUCGCGCAAUUAAAUGCAAACGACAGAGAACAAGUUGAAAUUUGUGUGGCUAUCCUUAGUCGAUUGCUGCAGGCUGUGGACCCGUUGUACCUUUCCCAGAACUUUAUUGAACCCUUGCAGAGAGGCCUAAAUCAUCAGGAUGACACCGUCAAACUUCUUGCAAUGGGUCAAGUGGGACGAAUCAUUGAAAACUCGGAUGGUCUGACACAAGUGGUUAACAGCCAAGAAUUAAUAAAUCAGAUCGUUCAGUGUAUUGGUGCGGAGAAGAUCUCUGUCUCUAAAGAGGCAAUAAAAGCUCUUUGCAAAUUCUCACAUUCUGAGGCUGGACUGGAAUUCCUUUUCAGCAGAAGUCUUCUGGCUGAACUGAAAAAUGUUAUGGCAUUAAGUGAUGUCAUAAGGUACAGAGGAUACGAGCUUAUUGUCGAGGUAGCCUCUGUAUCUGCUGUGUCCUUGGAGUACUGUGCCAAGAAUGGUUUUAUAGCUCAGCUGAUUGGAGAAUUGACAGGCGAUGAUAUUCUUGUAAGAGCUACUGCCAUUGAGAUGGUAACUACUCUGGCUCACAGCCUUCAUGGGAGACAGUAUCUCGCUCGUCAGGGUGUUGUUGACCAGAUAUCCAAUAUGAUCAUUGGUGCUGAAACGGACCCUUUUGCCUCCUUCUAUUUACCAGGCCUUGUGAAGUUUUUUGGAAAUCUUGCUGUAGUGGACAGCCCCCAGCAGGUCUGUGAAUGUUACCCUGCAUUUCUAAACAAGGUGUUUGAAAUGGUUGAAGGACAAGAUCCAACACUAGUUGGGGUGGCGUUGGACACACUAGGAAUUCUGGGAUCAAAUGCUGAAGGAAAACAAGUCCUUCAUAAAACAGGUUCAAAAUUUAAAACUCUGUUGAAGCGGAUUUCUCAACUUGCUCAGAAUUCACCAACAGAAAUGAGGGUCCGCUGCUUGGAAGCAAUUUCCUUGCUUCUCACUUUGCCAGCAGAACAACAGACAGACGAUUUGCUGGGACUCGCAGAAUCUUGGUUUUGUUCAUUUUCAAACCAGCCAGUGGAGCUUUUUAAGAGUAUUAGCGCCCAGCCAUUCCCUGAACUGCAUUGUAGUGCCUUGCGCGUCUUUACUGCAAUUGCAAGUCAGCCAUGGGGCCAAAAAAAGAUGAUUGAUACACCCGGAUUUGUGGAGUUUAUACUAGACCGCUCUGUUGGGCCUACCAAAGAAUGCAAAGAUGCCAAGUACGAGGUGGUGAAAGCACUUGCAAAUUCAAAGACUACAGCUGAGAUAUUCGGUAAUCAGCAGUAUCUCAGCAUCCGGACUUACCUGCGGGAAGGACCCUAUUAUGUCAAAGCCGUGUCGUCUGUUGCGGUGGAAGGUGCAGAAUAGUGUUUUACUGGAGCGGACUUGAAAACAAUCAAAGCAGGUUGGUUGACUACUCUGCAUAGGAGGGAACGAGAAGAAGAAAGUUGUCAGAUAACGUGGCAAAAUCCUGUCCUGUCUUACUAUUACUUUUCUAUUAGGAAACGUUAAUUGUACUUGGAUUUCAAAAAUGCAGUGCAAGUUACACUUUUUAGGAACCCAGGAUGGAAAAUCAUUUGCAAUAAAAAUGAUUUGAGUGCA